AUGUCCCCCCAACAUUGUACAUGGUGCAACAACUUGCUACCAGCACCAGGCGUCAAUAACGACAACAGUCCAAAUGCUUCACUUACCGGAAAACAACUUGCUUCUUCCCCUUGCCAAACAUGCAAAUCAGCGACCUACUGCUCGGCUCCCUGUUCAUCCAGCGACAUCCUCCACCACACCCUCUGCUCCAACUACGCCACCUUCAUGGCCUCCACACCCCGCCCAUCACCCUCACACAAACUGGCUGUCUUGCUCCCCUCCGACCUCGAAACCCCACGAUUCAUAUGGAUCAACACAAGACUCCAUAGACAGAAGUGGGAGAGUGCACUAUUCGAAGACCAUCUUGGUCCAGAUCAGCCUAAUGCACAAUCGAUUUGCACCACCGAGGACGUGACCAGGUCAACUUCAGCCUCAUGCACCAAGGAACAACUCUCAAACUCAGGUUCAACCAUGCCCAAGUGUACAUCGACACUUGUCGUAGAUAUCAGAUCUUCCUACGCCGAAGACGGAUCCUUGCAGAACUACUGCAUCGAAAAACUGAUUCCGACAGAGCUCGCUCAGCAAUGGCGAGGUCCAGUGGUCAUCAGUCUCAAGACCGGCGCGUCCAUCACCUCCCCCGCCGCCACAGCAGGAGUAGGCCAACCCAAGCCACCUUUCUACUCGGAUUUCAAACUCAGCGAUCUCAACAAGCUGCAAAGCUUCCUGCAAGCGUAUCAACUCCCUGGAAAAGAUACAGUCCAAGGCGUCCGACUCCACUACCAAGGCGAAGCAUUACCCUUCAAGAAGCCAGCCCUCUCGGUUGCACUUAUCCCCCAGGAUCACGCUAUGUUUAACAACAGCGUAAACAACAAUAACAACAACAACAACAGCCUCGGUGACAGUCCAAGUACAGAAAUAGAUACAGAAACCAUCAUUCCGAUCUCCAGAUCUUUAGGAAUUCCAAUCCUCAUCCACCGCGCCGGGAAAGCCUCUUACAAUUCCCCUUACAGUUCCACUUACAUUUCCAACUACCAAAACCAAAGCCAAGACCAGCAGCUCACCACCUCCCCUCAAAAGCAAACCACCAUCCACAGCGGCAACCACUUCAACCAUAACCCUUCUCUCACCCACCUCACCCUCGACACCAUCCCCCGCAGCCCAACAUGGGGGUCGUCCACCUCUUCCUCUUCCUGCUCCCCCACAGGAACAGUCCUCCUCGCCCGCCUCGACAAAAAACCUCUAACCCCGCGCCAAGUGGAAGCCCUUGUAUGCUAUUGUAAAGAUGUACUUUACAACGCGAUUGACAAGGUAAAGCGAGAAGAAGAGCGGAUGGCGGGGAAGGGUGAAAAGAGCUUGAAAUUGAGAGAGCAAAUGUCAGCGAGACUGGUGAACAAAAAGAGUUUUGAGAGGUAUUUUGAGAUAUUGAAGGAGGUGAAGGGCGUGGUUGAUGGGGAGUGGUGGGAGGAGAAGUCGUUGUUUGAUUAG